AUGGAAGGACUCUUCACUCUGCUCGCUCUGAGCAUUGUGAUGGCAGUGACGUCCUUUGUUGUCGGCUCACUACCUCUUGCCUUUACACUAUCCCCCUCCCAGCUGCGAUUAAUCUCCUCGAUUGGUAUGGGAGUGCUGGUCGGUACAUCUUUGAUCGUUAUUAUACCCGAGGGCAUUGAGACCCUCUACAGCGCCAGUUCUGUUAGCCGGAAAACUCUCGGUGCCCGCGCGACCAAUGUCGAUUGGCCCUCGCAGGGGCUCGUUUCUACCCAAAUACUGAAUGGAGAUGGCGAUGCCUCGACAACGCCGUCUGGUACACCCGUGUCAUUCCUCGGGCUCGACAAUGACCACCUAUUACCGCUCGUCAACAGGGACGCAGGUCUGGAGGAAUCACAUGUGCUGAAUGCUCGCAAGGACGAGACCUCGAGUGAAAAGCAAAAGGAAGAGAAAGAGAAGGAGGAAGAGGAAGAGAGCUCCCCGCAUGCUUGGAUUGGCAUUGCCCUCAUCAGUGGAUUCAUUCUAAUGUACCUCAUCGACAAACUCCCCGAAUUCGCUUCUCCGACCAAACCUGAUCGACAGCCCUAUCACAUUUCUCUCGAUAACCUUGGGUCCGGCCUUCGGCGCAGUUCCUCCCCCAUGCGCAAUGGUGGCCUGCUCGACGCAGGUCGUUCGAGCUCCCGCCGUGGCCACAGCUUUGCAACCACAAUGGGUUUGGUAAUUCAUGCCGCGGCAGAUGGUAUUGCAUUGGGGGCAUCCAGCACCGAUACAGGCCUCAGCUUCAUUAUCUUCCUAGCUAUUAUGGUGCACAAGGCCCCUGCAUCCUUUGGCCUGACAUCGAUCCUGUUGAAGCAGGGUUUGUCGAGCCGCACGGCAAGGGCGCAUUUGCUCGUGUUUAGUCUAGCCGCCCCCGUCGGCGCAUUGGUCACUUUCCUCUUUGCACAUAUGGUUGGAUCUUCCAGCGGUGACCAGGCUGGCUCUCUUUGGCGCACUGGAAUGCUUUUGCUGUUCUCCGGCGGCACUUUCUUGUAUGUUGCUAUGCACACGAUGCAAGAAAAUGGACCAGCCUCGAGCUCGCGGGAGGCCUCCACGAAUGGUUACGGAGACUCUCGUGACCUGCCAACUGGUUCAGACAAGUCGAUGCGCGACUUGAUCGCGUCCGUUCUGGGCAUGAUCCUACCGCUCUUCUUGCAGAUUGGACAUGCCCAUUAA